GUUUUCUAUAUUCUCUAUUCUUCAUGCAUUGCAAAAAUGUGAUUCAACCAGAAAUCGGGACCCCUGCACGGGUCCUUAUCGCAUGCAUGGCGAAGAUGUGUUUGCUGACACACUUUCGCUAUCAAUUUGUCAAGUUGUGUCAGUGCUAAAGUUUGCAGCAUUAUCAGAGAUCAUCGUUUAUUUAAUAUUAUUUGCUUCCUUAAAGCCGAACAAUGACUUCUGCCUGGUGCCAUAUACACACAUGGGAGCAGAAGAAACAUGCGAAUGGAGUGACCUUCCAAUUGAUAUAAAGCAGAAUGUAAAAUUGACGAUUGGCUUGUUUUCUGUCGUUUCUGCACUUCAGUUAGCUUUAGUUCUUUCAUUCGUUCGGUUCAUACGAUUCAUGCAUAGGAUCCGCAGUCUUUGUUAUCAGUUGUAGUUGCGAAUAGCUCUCCUUAAUAAAAUACCCGAUAGACUGAGGUUGUUUGAUUGUGCACCGAACGUGUGUUAUCAUUUCGUUAUCUUAAAAACUGAGCGACCAGACGAAGAGGAGAUCGAUCUUCGUUGAAGUGAAUCCAUUGAGGACAGCAUCCUCAGGAACUGGUUCGUCAAAAUGACGACGAAAUCGAAGCUGACCCAGUUUCGGAACUGUCGUUUGCUACGAGAACACCAACUGCUGCUCGAUGAUUUGUGGGUUCGGGAUGGAAAGAUUGUAAAUCCGGAAAAGGUAUUCUUCGAUGAGCGUCUACAGGCCGAUGAGCAGAUCGAUUGUGGGGGAGCGAUUCUGGCGCCCGGGUUUAUCGAUUUGCAGAUCAAUGGUGGUUAUGGGGUCGAUUUCUCGAACGACAUCCACACGGUGGAAGCCGGGGUGCAGAAGGUAUCCAAGGGGCUGCUAGCACACGGCGUGACCUCGUUCUGCCCGACACUGGUCACAUCGCCACCGGAAACCUAUCACCGUGUUUUGCCAAAGAUUCCGAAACGGGCCGGGGGCCACCACGGGGCAACCAUUCUGGGAUGUCACGUCGAGGGCCCUUUUAUCAAUUCCAACAAAAAGGGCGCCCAUCCGGAGGUGUGCAUCAAGGAGUUCGACCGAGGCUUUGAUACGGUGCUGGACGUUUACGGAUCCCUUGAUAAUGUGAGCAUCGUUACGUUGGCUCCGGAAAAGGAAAACGCCUCUAAGAUCAUUCGUGCACUCAGUGAUCGUGGCAUCACCGUUUCCGUUGGACAUUCAAUGGCCAAUCUACACGAUGGUGAGAUUGCGGUGCAACAUGGGGCAAAGCUGAUUACUCAUUUGUUUAACGCCAUGCUUCCGUUCCACCAUCGAGAUCCCGGCCUAGUUGGUUUGCUGACCACGGAAAAUAUUCCGGAAGAAGCGUUGGUUUACUAUGGCAUUAUUUCCGAUGGGGUUCACACCCACCCAGCUGCCUUAAGGAUUGCCUACAAAACUCACCCGGAAGGGUUGAUUCUAGUCACCGAUGCUAUCUCCGCCAUGGGUCUUCACGAAGGACGCCACCGGAUAGGGCAGCUGGAUAUGGAGGUGCGUCAGGGAAAAGCCUACAUAGCGGGAACGGACACGCUAUGUGGCAGUAUCGCUCCGAUGGAUGAGUGCAUACGUUUCUUCAAGAAGGCCUCCAAUUGUUCGAUUGAAUUUGCGCUGGAGGCGGCUGCGCUACAUCCUGCACGGUGUUUGGGGAUCGAAACCCAAAAGGGAACACUCGAUUACGAAGCGGAUGCGGAUUUCGUUGUUCUGGAUGAUCGUUUAAAUGUUCUUUCCACCUGGAUUGCAGGGGUAUGUGUGUACGAUGGCAAGAGAUCGGAAAUAAAUGGGCAAGCUUUGUAGGUGCACGUUCGGUUUGUUUGCUUCGAACAGCCUAAUUUAAUCGUUUAAAAAAUUUCAUUUGUACUAAAAUGUUAAGAAAAAAAAACUGAAGAGAUUGUGUUUCAAACACAACCGCAAGAUAAUCGUAGAAUUUCUAGAGUUGCAAUUGGAGUUGGAAAUCACUCAUCGCACUUCCACAGCCAGAACUUAAGCCUGAGU